AAUUCUUUUGACAUUGACAGUGGAUGUCAAACGGUCCAACCCAAACAUUUCCUGUUUUCCAGCGUUUUCUAUCGCAUUACAAAAGGUUUCCAGAAAAUCAACGAAUCUACAAACUCGCACAAUUGUUAACGAACAUCAGUGAAAAUGGCCAAUAAAAUCGAAGAGCUUAAAAAAGACAUUGCAGAGAUGGAAUACUUAGAAACCCAUGUAAUCAGGCAAAAAGUAAAAGAUAUCCUUAGUAUUGAGAAGAGAAAACUCAUCUCUGAGGUGGUAAGGCUAGAGGAGAAGGAAAAAGAAAAUGAAAUGGAGGUGCAACUGAAUGUACCUCAAGUCAGUGUAAAGCCGAGCACCAAUUUGUCUUAUGAAGUCAAGAUCACUAACUACGCAUGGGACCAGAGCCAAAAGUUCCUCAAGUUCUACAUAACCCUUCCGAAAGUGAAUACGGUUCCAGCUGAGAAUAUCACUUGUGAUUUCCAAGAGAAAUCGUUGGAACUGAAAGUGAAGAACUUGGAAAAUAAGGAUUACGUUUUCAGAGUUACCCAGUUAUUAAACAGUAUUGAGCCUAAAAACAGUACAUUUAAGGUAAAGAAUGACUUAAUUUUGAUAAAUGCUGCUAAAAAAGAGGACACUCAUUGGACGCACGUAACUGAAUGGGAAAAGAAAGCACAAGACAGAAAACUGCCCAGUUUCGACAAUGAUGACAAGUCAGACCCCACCUCUAGUCUCAUGAACAUUAUGAAGAACAUGUACGCGACUGGGGACGACGAAAUGAAGCGUACGAUCGCCAAAGCGUGGACCGAGAGCCAAAGCAAGGGUCCCACCAUCUAAAUAUUUAUCUAAUCUUUAUCUAAUUUUAUUUCGCGCUUAUUAUCAUAUCGGUGUUUAGUGUUUAGGCCUUAAACGUUCGCGGAAUCACGAAUUUAAAGCAAUAAGCGCCAUACGAAGCCCAAAAGAGUGAUAGAGUGUAGAGUAAUAGUCGUGUAUAUUUGUUAAAUGGGGGUUUUAUUUAUUACGUAAACCCCGUAUAUUAAACACCAAUUAUUCCAUAGGUAUUUUUCUAGAGGAUGUAAGUGAGUGGAUUUUUUAUUUUUCGACUUUUUUUUCAGUGUUUAAAGUAAAUAAAUGUUAUGAACAAGUAA